UUACCAACGUCAUCUGCGGCCGGCACUAUAUUUUUGCGAUCAAGCCCAAGCUGGACUAGUCGACCGAGCGCGCACGUCUCAGCCAUGCAAUUGGCAGACUUGGAGCACGAGUGGAAAUCAGGUCAUAACAUGCAUCUAGAUGUGCUGCACCGUUUUCUAGUGGAGCCCGUAUGCCUGAUCGAAACAGAUCUGUAAAGGAUUUUUACCAGCCGAGAUUCAUGACUAGAUCAGACAUAAACGGCAGCUUGGCAAAGCAUGGCGCGAAGGCCAUUUCGACAGCAAAUCUGCACAUUGGCCAAGCGCUAGCAUCUAAAAUAGCGCGCCCAGAGAUUGCCGCGGGAGAACUUACCUAACCCAAUCUUCUUUGCGCAUGCCCGCGAAACACCCAGCGCUCGUCAUCGUCUGCAAAGGCCUUUUAACUUUCGCGACUACUAACAAGCCUUAACUGGUCAUUUGACGCCCGAGGUCCUUCUCAGCACUCUCUGACCAUGAGCACACAUCUCAACUUGUCCUCAACGACCGAGAGGUACUGUUUCGCUCAAGAUGGACCUCAAGGUAGCGUGCUCGUCAUUGACAGAUUGUCAGGAAGCAUCAGCACUGCAUCCAAGACAUCUAUCUCCCUAAGUUCUGAUGCAGCGCCUCGACGUGUCUAUGGUGUGCUUGGAAUCGUAGCACUGAAAUUGGACCGAUACGUGCUCGCUGUAACUGGUAGGAAGUCGGCAGGCAGGCUUGGUCGCGAUGACAUAUUUGCGGUGACUCAAGUUGAACUCCUGCCCCUCAGAUUCAAACGCACAUCAAGCGUCAAGGACGAGGAAGAGCUCGAGUACAUCGCGCUUCUCAAGGCACAUAUCAAGACCGGACCGUUCUACUACUCGCAUACACUGGAUCUGACCAAUUCGAUUCAAAGGAUCGCUAAUAGCGACAACAGCAAACCACUGUGGCUUCGUGCAGACGAGCGUUUCUUCUGGAACCGUUUCGCUCAGGCUCCAUUGAUGGACUUGCGCAACAAAACAAAUAAUCAAGAUUUGGACUCCUUCAUCAUCCCAAUCAUUUACGGAUUCUUGGAGAUUAAGCAGACAAGCAUCAAAGGCAAACGUUUGACUUUCGCACUCAUUUCCCGGAGAAGUCGUCAUCGAGCAGGCACGCGCUACUUCACUAGGGGUAUUGAUGCAGACGGACACGUAUCGAAUUUCAACGAGACCGAGCAAUUGAUCCUCCUGGACCCAAAAAGUGAAUCGUCUGUGGUGGAUGGACAUGUCAAGCUAUCUUACGUUCAGACACGAGGCAGUGUUCCAGCAUAUUGGGCUGAGAUCAAUGAUCUCAAAUACAAACCCAGAAUGCGUGUCUUUGGCCUGAAUGAUGCGGUGGACGCCGCUCAGAAGCAUUUUGAAGAGCAACUUGAAGUAUAUGGAGAGCAAUUUUGCGUCAACCUCGUAAAUCAGAAGGGCCAUGAGUUGCCAGUGAAGGUUGCCUAUGAAGAUGUGGUGCGGAAGCUUGGCAAUCGCGAUGUUCAUUACAUCUACUUUGACUUCCACCAUGAGUGCAAAGGCAUGCGAUGGGACCGUGUCCAGCUCUUGAUUGACCAGUUGGAGAGUGACCUCAUCAAGCAAGGCUAUUGUCACAUCGAAAUGAACGGCAAGCAGAUUAUCACUUUGCAGAGACAAGCAUCUGUUGUGCGCACAAAUUGCAUGGACUGCCUUGAUCGGACGAACGUCGUGCAAAGUGCUCUGGCCCGAUGGAUGUUGACGAGACAGCUUCGUUCGCUUGGCGUGCUGGGUCCAAUGGAGAAUGUCAGCCAAUUUGGGGAAUUUGAGUCCAGCUUUCGCAACAUGUGGGCGGAUAAUGCCAACGUCGUCAGUCAAUCAUACUCUGGCACAGGAGCCCUCAAGACAGACUUUACCAGAACAGGUAAGCGCAGCAAAGAAGGGGCAGCGAAAGAUGGUUGGAAUUCCAUCGUUCGUUAUAUCUUGAACAACUACGCCGAUGGUCCGCGACAAGAUGCCUAUGAUCUUUUCUUGGGGAACUACCGAGCAGCAGACUCGCACGACACCCCUUUUGGUGACUUCAGGCCAGUCUUUGUCCAAUCUGUUCCAUACAUUGCUUGGUCUGCAUUUCUCAUGAUUGUGGCUGCGAUUGUCCUGCCUAGGUCGCCGAACGCGUGGGGCUCGAUGAAGCUCUUCGUCCUCUUCUGGGUUGCAGUUCUCGCUUGGACGCUCCACUAUCUCUUUGCUCACGGGUUGUGGUAUGUCAACUGGCCGAAGCUCAAGACGCCCGACUUCGUCUUUUCGGAGCCCGGCAGCGAUGGCAUCAAUUCUCGAGUGGCGCGUCUGCGUUCAGUCAAGAGCACAUCCCGACUGUCUGAACUCGAGGCUGGCAAGGCGCACAAGGCUUAGCUUAAUGUUGUCGCCGGUUCUUAGAUGCUCUCAGCCAGCCGCUAGCCAUAGAUAGUUGCGUCAACAAGCUGUCGUAUGGCUAGGUACGCCAUUGAAAAAAGCAUACUCCCGCUGAUGUCAAUGUAUAAGUAGAGCUGCCACCUGAACUCGAGGGACAUUUCGCUCCCACGGUGCUUUGACAAAAAAAAUUGGCUGCUUGCGAGUGCGCUCAGAAUAUUCAAGAGCUAGGACACCUUACCUGCAUCCA